CUUAGGUUUGUUGUUUAAAUUUCAUAUCCGGCCGCCAAACAUGAGGGGGUGGUGGUGGCAGGACAACAAAGUGUUUGUCCACGAUAAUUCGCCGCUCUUAUUGGCUGUCUGGUUGCAUAGAUUAAGAAUCAUUACAGAUUGGACCACAGCUCCGUAAAACACGGUUCAUUGUGUAAUUUGACUUGACAGUGGACACCCACGUUUUGCCUGUGUUAAACACUGAAUAACAACUGGUUAUCCCAGUAAAGAUGAUGCCCUACUGUGGAUUACAGGACCAUUCAUGACAAUGACACACCCACCAAGUAAAUGCACACCCCAAGUAGUUCUUCCACAUGAUCUCUGACAGGACAUCAAGUUGGACUAAACCUCAACAAACGCACACUGAAAACACUCUAGUUUCAAAGUCAACUCUAUGCUCAUGGAAAGAACAACCACACAAAGACUUAAAACCUAAAUCAACCUCAUACAGUAUGUUGGUUGGAAGAGAAUGCCCCCAUUUGGCCUACUGCAGACCCGUAAUCCCUCUCACACACGAACCCGAGCAGGACUAGAACCCUCACCUCCACCCCGUUGCCUUGGCGACCAACAACCAUGUCGUAUCGCACGCCCAAUUUCACCAUGCAGCAGAAGCUCUACUUCCUGCAGAGGAUCCAGGGUGUGGUGCACACAGUCCAGGACUUCAGGAAGGACACCAACACUACUGUGCACCGCAACGCUGUGUGGGCCGAGGUGGUGGAAGCCUUCAACGCUGCCUUCCCCGACCGGCCACCGAGCACGGUGGGCACCAUGAAGACCCUGUGGAAGAGGCUGAAGGUGGAGAGCCGCCAGGCGCUGCACCGGCGUCAGGAGCAGGUGGUCGCCGGCAUGCCUGUCACGGCCCUGACCGAGGUUCAGCGGGAGAUUACGGCCAUGGUACCCAACCUCAUCUCCAACCAGGACGACAUGGACGGAGAGGUGGGCUACACCGGCCUCAGGCCUGGCUCCCCCACAGCAGUGACAUGUACUGCAGCGACCAGUGGGAGUGACCAGGACGAUGCUGAUAACAGUCACAAUGAGGAGAGUGAGAGUAAAGACCAGGUAGCCAUGAGCAUCGGCAUCGCAUCCUUCACAGCACUAGCAGGAAGUGCUGGACCCCUCCGGAUCCCCUUCUCCACCAGCCAGCCCAACGCCUCCACUCUCACCCACAGUGAAACCUCCUGGUCUGGGACGUCCCCGUCCUUCCUCCCUCCGCCCAUCCCAUCUGCCUCAUCCUCCAGCCUGCUCACCUCUUGCCCCGUGAACUUUGACCUGCCCUACAUCCCCCGGGCCGCCCCGCAACCCCUCACCUCUCUGGCAGCGGCAGCAGGGCGGGGGUCUGAGGACCCACGGUACGGGCCGCGCAUGCUGGAACUGUCGGAGCUGGAACAUGAGCAGAGAAUGAGAGUCCUACAGAUGGAACAGAAGGUUUUAGAAGACAAGAGGAAGGCGGUGAGGCAGAAAGAGAAAGCCUACAGGCUAAAAAAGAGAUACUACCAGGCUAAGCUGAAGAAGAUGGGGGAAGAGAUACGACCGUGCUCGAGUAGCGAGGACACUGAGGGCGAUGAUCACGAUCAAAUCAUUUGACGGUUAUUUUGUUGUUGCUGUUAUGUUUUUAUGAAGAUGAUUUUUAUUUUAUUUUUUACGUUUUUGACAGUUUCAGGUAUUUGUUAAAACCUUAGUAAAAUCUUUGUUUUGGUA